CUUCCCUUCAUGGCCAAGCUCACUGAGUACCUCCGUCGUUUCUUUGGCUCAUCCGACUCCUCGCGCAAGGAGCAGAAAGGACCACAACAGCCCAACGGAGUACAUACCGCAUCGCCCUCCAGCGGUACUGCUCAUCUCGUAGACAUCAAGUACGUCGACUAUGUCUACAACGAGGAGUCGCACAUAUGGGAAUACCUUGACACUACUUCCGAUGUCCUCGCGGAAGCCGUAACACCAUUCGGGUCCGUCGUUAGCUCGGGGGACUGGCAAGACUAUUGCUUCGUGAUUGUGCGGAAGUUCCCAGCACGGAGGGCCCCUGGAGAAGUCAUUGCGUUCAAGAUCGUAAUCAAGAGCGCGCACCUUCUGCAGGCAUGCAAGCAUGUCAUGGGCAACAUCUCUGGCCUCUCCUGGACCGCCGAUCCACUCGAGCUCAGCCCUGAGCUGCUGUUGAAGUUCCUGCCCCAGCUCGAGGAGUACGAAGGAAAGCUCAGCACAGGCCCCGAUAGCGAGGACAGCGCCAAUACCAUAACGACCAUCCGCACGCUUGUUGCGUACUUGAAGAAGAACUACCAAAGUACUCUGGCCCAGAUCAGCAACCUCACCUCCCACGGCGAGAUCACCUUCAGCCUCCUCUAUGCCGUUCUGAUCCCGCGUACCGUCUUUAUCACCCGUUGCACGAAGACGGGGGAGCCCCGGGCGCUGAAGCUGCUCUCCGCCACGCUGGAAAUGUCGCCCCGUGGUCCCUUCUACUCUCUGUGUUGCCACGGUGUGGAGGCUGCAUCCGCGGACGAUGACGAUGAUGACGAUGACGACGGAGACGCAGACAUCGAGCGAGACAGUACCUUGUCCUUCGGACUGGAUCAAACCUGGCUGAACAUACACGAGUUCAAGGGCACGAGAAAAAUCAGCACCCUUUCCGCAUUCCCUAUUCAGUAUCACCCGGACCCCGAUGCUAUCAGAGCCAGGCUCAUCCGACGUGGGCGUAAAUGGGCGGUCCUCAGCGGGAUACACCACGUUGCAUACAGGGGGCUGGGGACUGACGAGAUGCACAACAGAUACAGUGUGAACUCGCGCAUUAUGAUCGACCGAGGCAAUUUCAUGCGAGUGAACCCUAAUCUCGGAGUGCCUACUCCGAGCCCGAGUGUACGCAGCGAGCAAUCCGCGCUAGACGAGUACCGAAACGGUGCAGAGGGCGAGCAUGCAUCGGUCCUCAUUCCGAGCGACGAGAUGCUUCUCCUGGCGACGCCCCUGCUGUACGGCUUCAGUCUGUCCGACAAGAUUUGGCUCAGAUUCAACGUCGAGAAGGUCUCGCCGAUCGAGUGGAACAAAGAGACGUUCGAGGGCCUCGUACUCCCAGCGGACCGCAAAACGCUGUUACGCUCGCUCGUCGAGGCGCACGACGCCGACUCUGGCUUUGACGACUUCGUGCGCGGUAAGGGACAGGGGCUCGUCAUCAACCUUUUCGGACCCCCGGGAGUGGGCAAGACGCUCUCGGCUGAGGCGACGAGCGAGCACAUCAGGCACCCGCUGUAUGUAGUGGGAAGCGGUGAUCUCGGGACGAGCCCUUCUGCCUUAGACACCACCCUCGGACAAGUGUUUGACGUCGCAACGUGCUGGAAUGCCAUCGUACUGAUCGAUGAGGCGGACGUCUUCCUGGAGCAGCGCUCGUUGCAGAACCUACAGCGAAACGCUAUGGUUGCGGUAUUUCUGCGCCACAUUGAGUACUACCGGGGUAUCCUCUUCCUCACCACGAACCGCAUCUCCACCUUCGACGAAGCCUUCCUGUCGCGUAUACACGUCGCGCUGCACUACACCGAGCUCGGCACCCCGACGAAGAUCCAAAUCUGGCGCGCGUUCCUCAAGAAAGCCGGCGUGGGGGAAGGGCGAAUCCCGGAAGAGCUCGUUGAGAAGCUCGCCGAACGAAACGUGAACGGGCGCCAGAUCAAGAACGCGUGCCGCACGGCGACGUCGCUCGCCAGGAGCCGGGGAGUGGAGAUGCAGUACGGGCACCUGGUGGAGGCCUUGGACGCGAUGGAGGAGUUCGUCACGCAGUUUACGGCUAUGCGAGGCUGAUACGACGACCGAAUACGCGAUGUUGUACGAUUAGCGGGCAGAAACGUGACUAUAUGCGGAGGUGUGUAUAGCAGAGAGCAGUGGACAUCUUCAGAAACGCCAGAGCCGCCUGUGUCGGCACGACCAAGCAAUUGCGGAGAUGCCGAGCCCAUAUAAUGAGAGUACGAGCAUUGCGGACAGGUCCGACAUGUACAUUGUCGGCAUUGAGAGGUUGAUGAGGCCCGUUGCGACAUUCGCGAGGAGGAACAGGACGAGCCCGUUCUUGUUCACCGCCUCCAGUAGCGCGGGCGCGCUACCUCCGCUCAGCUCGCGACCGCGCAUAUGCCGUGUGGCCUUCAGCACGUCUGGAUCCGGAUGGACCUUCAACUUUGACGUCGGAGAGUAUACCGACUUCGACAUGGGCGAUGGGAAGAAGAACAGGUCCAGCACCAGAUAACCAAGGAGGAAUGUGGUGUUGUACGCAGUAACCCAGGUGAUGUACUGCAAGUUCACGAGGCGGCGCGAGACGCCCCCGCCGAUGCCGAAGAGCUUCAGGAACGCCAGCGCUACCCACCAGAGGACCGCGUAUCCACAUAGUUCUGUUGCAGUCUUGUCAUUCUCCCGUCGAGGCUCGUUUGCAGGAGCAGGAACGUGUGCGGAAGAAGCGUCAUCGUCCGAGUCUGAGUCGGUGCUUGGAGUACGCGGCCGUAUCGGUGCGGCGUCUUGACGAGCCAAUUGCUGCUGGCGCCGCCGGAAAUAUGAGGGCGUCGGUGCCAGGACCAUCGUGCCCGUGGAUAGGCCGAGUAGGUGGAUACCAAGGUUGCCGAUCAAGGAGACGAUGCCCUCCUUAUUAGCAGAAAUAACGCCAAUGCGAGGAGCGUCCAGAACGAAAUCUUGCAUGCCUCCCAGGGAGAGGGCAAGCUGGUGUGAUAUUGCUACAACGACGCCUAAAAACGAUAUGGGCACAUGUACCAUCACCGGGUGCAGAAGGGCUUGCAAAACCGGUAUCAAACCAAGUGUUAUGAAAAAGUUCCAGUGUACUCCGUAUUUGGGUAUUCGGUGCCUUUGACUGAAAUCGUUCGGAGCAAGCCUAGCAAGAGGACCGGCGAGCACUUCCGCAUGAUACCAGCAAGUUUAGGAAGGAGGGGUUGGGUAAGAUGUUCCGGGUUCUUCACAAGAGGAAUAGCCGAAACAAUGCCCUGAGCGAACACGAAGGAGCCCACACCGAGGUCCAUCAUGGAUACCCCAUACGUCUCGCACUUCGCCAAGAACCGCGGGAAGACUGGGAAAUCGACCGCGAGGAUGCAGAUGAAAGUCAGCAGCAACAAAUGAGAGCGAUAGGUCGUCAGGGCGGGGAGUGGAGGUAUGGUGAGGGUGCCGAACGAAUGUCCGUCUCUCAACGCGCUGGAUUCACGCGAAGAGGCUCUGCUGUGCGUGAGGGCAGAAGGAAGGUACGUUCCAGAUUCCCGUCGAGGUAGUAGGAGAAGCAAGAUGGUUGGAACCAGCAAAGCGAGGCAUAGUAACCCCGGAGCAUUUGCUGAGAUCGUCACGGACACGAUGAGGGGUAUAACAAGAAAUAAAACUUCUCCCAGGAACUGAAAUGAUCGGCUGGGUGGAAGACGCGUCCUAAACGCUGAAUGUAAUGCGAUGGAUAUCAGUGCUGCCAGCGAGACCAUAUUGAUAUGCCCAAUGCUCGACCCCGUCAUUCCUGACACAAAGGCCUCCUUCGAUGCCUUGUAGUUGUCGUCCAUGGUGAUACGUGUAGAUGGGGGAGUUCGCGAAAUUGGAUGGCGUCCUGACCCGGCCCUAUACGAGCUUAACCUCGAGCGGGUCUUCUAGACAGAGCACCAGGAACCAGUAAAAAUGUCGUGGCUUUCACGGCGCG